GUCCAUAUGGAAGUAGAAGACCUUCCUCCUCUCUGUGAAGAAAGUGGCAAGACCAUGCAGGCCUCUCUGUCAUCUCUGAAGAUGUUAGAUGUGGGGAAGUGGCCCAUUUUUUCUCUGUGUUCUGCGGAAGACCUGCACUUAAUUCGACAGGCGUGUGUCUUCGGCAGCGCUGGCAAUGAGGUUUUGUACACGACAGUACACAACGAGGUGUUUGUGAUCGGCACAAACUGCUGCGGCUGCCUGGGCUUAGGGGACGUCCAGAGUACCAUCGAACCUCGGAGACUGGAUUCUCUCAGCGGCAAGAACAUAGCCAGCCUCAGCUAUGGGAGCGGUCCACAUAUUCUCCUGGCCACCGCAGAAGGGGAGGUCUUCACCUGGGGUCACAAUGCUUACAGCCAGCUAGGCAACGGGACGACGAAUCACGGCUUGGUUCCCUGCCCUAUCUCCACGAACUUGUCCAACAAACGCGUCACUGAAGUGGCUUGUGGGUCCUACCAUUCUCUGGUGCGAACAGCUGAUGGCGAGGUAUUUGCCUGGGGUUAUAAUAACUCUGGGCAGGUAGGGUCUGGAUCAACAGCGAAUCAACCAAUCCCCCGACGAGUCACGGGCUGCUUACAGAAUAAAGUGGUUGUGAAUAUAGCAUGCGGACAGAUGUGCUCAAUGUCGGUAGCGGAUACUGGGGAGGACUCAAGAUCUUACUCCGAGCUAGCCAAAUCGAUGAUGAAAGCUAUCGUCCUGCAGGGGGAUUGUUUAAUUCAUGGCUGCCUCUCUGGGCAGGCCUCCCCUUCCUUGGUCUCACCUUUGAGCCGUCGCCUACACUGUGAAAGCAUUAUUCCCUCUGUGUGCAGGUCUAAGUGGACUUGUGUUUUCUCUCUCCAGGUUGCCUGUGGCUACGCACACACGUUAGUCUUAACAGAGGAAGGCCAAGUGUAUGCUUGGGGCACCAAUUCUUAUGGCCAGCUGGGCACGGGCAAUAAAAGUAAUCAGUCCUACCCUACCCCUGUCGUUGUGGAAAAGGACAGAAUUAUCGAGAUUGCAGCCUGUCACUCUGCGCACACCUCCGCCGCCAAGACCCAGAGUGGGCAUGUGUACAUGUGGGGCCAGUGUCGCGGCCAGUCGGUCACCCAGCCUCACCUGACCCACUUCUCCUGCACGGACGACGUCUUUGCCUGCUUUUCCACGCCCGCCGUCACGUGGCGCCUCCUCUCCGUAGAGCCAGACGACCACCUCACCGUGGCUGACUCGCUGAAGAGAGAAUUUGACAACCCUGCUACUGCAGACCUGAAGUUUUUAGUCGAUGGAAAGUAUAUUUAUGCACACAGAACCCUUCUCAAAAUUAGGUGUGAGCAUUUUCGGGCUUCGCUGGAAGCGAAUGAGGACGACGUGGUGGAAAUGAGUGAAUUUUCAUACCCUGUGUACCGCGCCUUCUUGGAAUACUUGUACACCGACGGCAUCAGCCUGUCUCCCGAGGAAGCUGUAGGCUUGCUAGACUUGGCCACAUUUUACAGAGAAAAACGCCUGAAAAAGCUCUGCCAACAGACCAUCAAGCAGGGGAUCCGAGAGGAGAACGCUAUUGCGCUGCUUUCCGCGGCUGUGAAGUACGAUGCUCAGGACUUGGAAGAAUUCUGCUUCCGAUUUUGUAUCAACCACUUGACUGUAGUCACACAAACGUCAGGCUUUGCAGAAAUGGACCAUGACCUUCUGAAGAACUUUAUCAGUAAAGCCAGCCGAGUUGGAGCUUUUAAAAAUUGAUCCUCGUCUGCAGGAAAGAACCUGUGAUGCUUUCUGUUUCCUGCCUGAGAGAUACAGAAGAGUAACUCCUCUUCAAUUAAUAUCACUUAUGCGGAGCUUGGAACGCUACAACUAUCUCGAUACUUACUUCCAAGCUAAAAAGAAAAUUGGUGGCCAGUCUUUUCCAUCUGCCUACAUCCCAUUGAUAGAGAAGGUAUCAAAGGUUCUGAUGAGACGUUAUUAAGCUCAUGGGAAAGAAACUGAAGAUGGAUUAUGUUACUUACCAUUUCCUCUUUUAGAUCAUGGAGGCUAGCACUUGGAUACUUUGGUCUCAACGUGUGCUGUACCGACCAAGCGUUCCCCUGGUCGGCAUCACGUGUGAAACUGAACAAGGAACAUCGUAUCUAGCACAGUGCCCCACACUUGUAGGCAAUCAAUGAAUUGAUUAGCAAUCUUAAGGGUGCCCUUGGAACAGUUUUUAAUUGUGGGAUACCAAUGAAGGAAUAAUUUAUACUUAAUAAACUAGCAGUCUAUAAUUACGGGAGGUUCAACUUUCCUGGUACAGCGUUCUGAGAGAAAGUGGCCAAUUUAGAGCUCUGAUUAGAAUUCACAAAAGGCUUUGGCAAUUAUAGUGUCUAAGGCCCAAGGGCUAAUUUUAAUUCUCUAUUUACUCUGAGUCAUUAAGAUUUCAUAUGGGAUCAUUUAGUAUGCAGUACAAUCGCUUGAUGAAUGUUAUUUCUGGGCUCAUUUACCUUCGUAAUUGCACCAGGUCCUUGGCUUUUCUACUGUGAAAAGGGAUUUGCCAUCUGUAAGGUAAAACGACCACAUAUUUUUUCGCCAUUGACUUUGGUGGCACCAUAACAGAAAUCUCUUAACCUGGCACCCAGUAUAAUUAGAAAGUACUAGGUGAAAGGGGAUUAACAUUUACAUAUUUCAUGGACAGAAUAAACCAAAAUGAGAUACAUUUGUGCUUUUUAGGUCAAGCAAAUUCUCCAACUGCAAGAGAAACUGAAAGGGCCUAUUGAGUCAGAUUCUUCUAAUAUGUGUCUCAGUAUAUGAUACUAUGUAAAGGAAAGCUUUUGGAACUAGAAGCCUUGUUCUGAUGCUGGACCAUUUGAAAAUAAAGUGCUUAUACGCAGACAGAA